CGGAUUUUGUGCACUCUCGACUUAGUUCGAUACUCUUCCGUCUAGUUUCCUAGGCCCCCGGGUUCCUUAACCCAACAUUGGUGCUCUCGUUGAGAUAGUCAAACACAUCAGGCGUGCUCAGAGAAAAUGGUUGCGUCAAGAAGAGUGACCCGAUCAUCUGCCGCCAACACCGGUGGUGGCCUCAAGAUGACUGUCACGGCGCCGAUCGGCGCGUGUCACGAUGACCUGGACGUCAGCCUCAAUGACGUCGUUAGUCUGAACACCGCUGAUCUACGCCAUCGCAUUCCCAGGCGGCGAACGACGAACGUUGGGGGGUCUCAAGCACCUACCCAGCAAGCACCUACCCAGGGCGCCGGCAUUUUGACUCAACCUUCUCCCAACGGAUUCGUAUGUGGAGAAGCUGUGAUGCUGCCCGGUGACUUCAACUCACCGCUUUUCCAAUUUGGGGAGACCUCUGGUAUAAGGACUCCAGGCCUAGACCCUAGCGAUUUCUGGGCCAUGAUGAGGGCGAAGAUGUUCAAUCAACCCAUGACUGGCUUCCACAUGCCGGUCACGAUUCCGCAGCCGACGUUCCAACCCGAAGGACGUCGUGAGAUCCAGCAGAACGUGGUGGAAAGCGCAGAGCUUUUCGCUCAACACUUGAAGAACGUGAUGACGGACUCCCGCAUGAACCUUUCGGCGGGGGGACCCGAGAACAAGGACUUGAGCCGCUCCCAGCAGCGGGAUAACGGCAAUGCCCCGGAGCGUAGGGCCAACAAGAAGCAGACUAGCCGUCGAGACAAGGAUACGGCAAGCAAGCUCCAUGAACCCCUGAAAGAAAAACAGGGCGAAAGUGAGUCGCACGUGUCUCUGUUCAGCCGGAUGCGAGUGCCGGCCACGGAACGGUUGCAUGGCCGACGGAACGCCUUCCUGCAGGGCGGAGCAGGGAAAAUGAGGAUGCCUUGCGAAGAACAGUGUGACCGACAGAGAGAAGUCCAUCUAGAAAGGCCGAGUUCCCAGAUCGAGCAGUCCAACCAUCAUCCGAUCUUGAGAGCGCCGCAGGGGGCGCCCAACACGAUGGAUGGGGGCGUUGGCAAAUCGUUCCCCGCCACUCUCGACGGGUUGGCGUCUGAGUGGUUCAAUGAGUUGCCUGAGGGGAAGAUCGAUUCCUGGGAAGAUUUGGCGCGGAGGUUCCUAGUGCACUUCGCCAGAAACAGAAAGAAGAAGUUGCAUUUCUCGCACCUCCUGUCGGUACGACAGAGGCCGGACGAGCUAUUGAGGGAAUUCCUGGCGAGAUGGAAGCUGGACACCACCAGAGCCAUUGAGGGAAUUCCUGGCGAGAUGGAAGCCGGACGACAAAACCAGGUUAUCCACUUUCCAUCUAGUUCUACGGUCAGGGGCAGAGACCCGCGUGACACACGGUCCCUCGGAAAGGACGCGUAUGAAGAAGGGGCAGAGGACAGGAAACCUUAUUCCCCCAGUGGUCCCAAGCUGUUAUUUCUGGAUGAGCUUACACCUCUUACACACCCCGUUAGAGCCAUCCUAGAUUUCGCUGAGCAUCAAGGCUUGGUGGAAUAUGACCCGAGAUUUCCUCCGAUUUGUACUGUGGGUGAGGGUCCUUAUUGUCGGUUUCACAGAGCAGCCGGCCAUGACACGAACGCGUGCAAAGUCCUCAAGAGGGAGAUCGAAAAUCUGAUCCAGGCUGGAUACUUGAGGCAGUUCGUCAAAAAGAAGAAUACAUGUUCCCAACUGAUUCGGGAGUGGGAGUGUGUAGAGGAAGCUAGAAGCUCGCCCGGCUCUGCUACCAACAGCAUUGCCACGGCACUGUUGAAGGAGGAAGAAGGACAUCCUCGAGCUGAGCCGGCCGAGAAAACAGAAGAUGUGGUGAUAAUGGAGGAGCAGCAGGAGAAGAAGAUCAAGCUCAGUAUCAACAUGAGUGCCGAGCUUCGGUCAAAAAUCAUUCAGGUACUCAAGGAGAACUUUGUGGUGUUCGCAUGGAAUGUCGAGGACAUGCUCGGAGUCAGCAAGUCUCUCAUCACCCACCGCCUGGCGCCAGUAUCAGAUAGAAAUGAAGCCGAGGACAGCGAUUUCAUGGUGGAAUGCACGGCACGAGACAACAAUCCCACGCCAAUAGCCGAGCAGGGCGAGUGGUGGACCUUGUCCAGCGGCAAAGGCUUGCGUUGGGGGCGUGGUAAUCCAAUCACCUCAAGGAUUCCGCUCAUACCACGCGAUAAAAUUCCAAUUCAAGUCAAAGGUGAGUUUGACACAAAGGAAGAGCGGAUGCGCCUAUACAAGGAGGCAGCCCUGGAAUUGCUCAAAACCCUCAAAGAAUACGAGCUUGUGCAAAUCCCUAGCGCGGAGAACACCGAGGCCGACGUCCUCUCCAAGUUGAGCAACGACAGCCCUGAGCACAUCUCCAAGAUGGCUCAUGUUGAAGACCUAGGAUCUCCAAGUAUCCACGUGCAGCUCAUAUCUGUUAUCACUGAAGGAACCAGCGGCUGGAUCGCAGAGUUGAUCCGAUACAAGAAGGAUGGGAUUCUUCCCAACGGCGAGACGGCGGCCCGUUUGAUCAAACGUAGGGCGCCGACAUAUGUCAUUGAGAACGGCCGACUGUACAAGAGGUCAUACAACGGCACACUGUUGAGAUGCGUUGACGAAGCCCGAGCAGGGCAGAUCAUGGAAGAAGUUCACGAGGGAAUAUGCGCAGCACACCAAGAUACCACCAGGAGCAUGUACGCGAUUCGGCGUCCUCCGGCGGAGAAGGAGGGGAACGACGGACGGCUUUUGGUUGGGAAGACGAGGGAAUAGUUUCCCUAGAAUUAUUGGAAGCCAUGGGAAUGUCGACACAAUUGGCGUAAGGAAGAGGUGGUCUCACAACACAAGUAGUGGUUGGAGUUGGAACUGUUUGCAUCGACACGUGGAUGAAGCAGUGCAACGGUCCAGUGGUUAGGUCUGCUUACAUGGGGA